AGCAUGUCAGCUUCAACCUCUCCAAGUUCCAUAGCACUUGCGCUUGCCAUGAAGCGACUCUUUGGUGCACCAAAACAGGCGCCUCCCACAGGCCCUGCGCCCAGCCUGCAAGACACCUCUUCCCGCAUUGACUCGCGGGUUACUGACCUUGAAAAGAAGAUUGCCAAGUGUGAUGAGGAUCUCCGGCGCUAUGUAGCAGCCAAAGGAGGUCAGCAGAAGCAGUUGGCACUGCAGUGCCUGAAGAGGAAGAGGAUGUACGAGCAGCAGCGUGACCAGAUCUUGGGGACGCAAUUCAAUGUGGAUUCCCUUGCUGGAGCACAAGAACAGGCUGAGAUCAACAUGAUGACGGUCGAGGCCAUGAAAGCAGGUCAUCAAGACCUGAAGGAGCGGUAUUCCCAAAUGGGAGGUGCCAUGGAUAUUGAACAACUGAUGGACAAUAUGGCCGAUCUCAAUGACGAGAUCUCGGACAUAAACGAGGCCAUCUCCACCUCCUACGCGGUGCCCGAUGGCUUUGACGAGGCAUCCUUUGCGGCCGAGUUCAGUGCAUUGGAGGAGGAGAUGAAGAUGGAGUCGCUAGCAGGCAUCUCUUCAACUGCACGGCCUUCCUACCUGCCUGCGGAGGCUGAGAAGCCAGCUGCUGAACCUGCAGCGGUGCCAGAGGCAGCUCGUGGCUGAGCAGCUGAGCGAGCGGAGAUAUGCGGCUUUCCCGGCGCCAUGGAGUUGUUUGGGCUUGCUUGGCGCUAUUUCCAAGCAACAGAAGAGAUUGCUGCAUAUUGAACAUACAUGUCUUUUGACAUUCCUGUGCCCAUUGUACAGUAAAGGGAUGGGCAUUCAGCUCCCUGAGAAUAGCUGGCACCAGCUGCAUGCAGUAUGGGCAGCAAGCCGGCAGGG